AUGGCCCGCUCGGAAGAGACAGUCAGAAGUAAAUUUUCUGUUAUUCUUGCAUCCAUCCACAUCUACUCUGUUACAGGCACACGCAGACACUCACAUAAAUUGCUUAACGGUGAGUGCUCAACGAUAAUCAAUUGCACCAUUUGCUUUUCUCCUUCACUUGAACUUUUAGCUCUUAGUUCUACUACGAGUACCAUUACUUCGAGUCUACCCUUCUCCUGGCUAUCAAAUUCAACAAUUUUUCUUCUUCUUCAAGCCUUUCUCAGGCCGCGCUUCAUUACCACUGGGGUGGGCAGCGAACAAGACUUGGAUCUGUGA